AUGGAGAAGAAAGCUAUUCAUUUCGGUGGUGGUAACAUCGGCCGUGGCUUCGUCGCCGAGUUCCUUCACGCUGCUGGCUAUGAGGUCGUCUUUGUUGAUGUCAUGGAUGCCAUCAUCAAUUCCCUACAAAACACGAAGUCCUAUCAGGUUACCGAAGUCAGUGAUAAGGGUGAGACUACCAAGACCAUCACCAACUACCGUGCAAUCAACUCCAAGACCAAUGAAAGCGAUGUGAUUAACGAGAUCGCAACCGCCGACAUUGUAACCUGCGCCGUGGGCCCGAACAUCCUCAAGUUCAUUGCUCCCGUCAUUGCCAAGGGAAUCGAUGCCCGCACCAACGCCACGCCGCUAGCCGUCGUUGCCUGUGAGAACGCCAUCGGCGCCACUGACACACUACACCAAUUCAUCAAGAACAACACCGAUCAGGACCGUCUCGACUCUAUGUCAGACCGAGCCCGGUUUGCCAACUCGGCCAUCGACCGUAUUGUACCCGCUCAGGCCCCUGACAGCGGUCUCAACGUGCGCAUCGAGAAGUUCUACGAAUGGGUCGUGGAGUCGACACCCUUCGGCGAGUAUGGUCACCCAGAUAUCCCAGCUAUCCACUGGGUUAGCAACCUAGAGCCCUACAUUGAGCGCAAGCUGUUCACCGUCAACACCGGUCACGCGACUGCAGCCUACUAUGGCUACAAUGCCGGCAAGAAGACUAUUGCCGAAGCCCUCAAGGACUCGCGCAUCCGCGACAUUGUCCGUGAUGUGCUUCAAGAGACUGCCUCCCUCAUCGUCGACAAACAUGAAAUCAGCGCUGCCGAGCAGCAGGAGUAUGUCGAGACCAUUAUCACCCGAAUCUCGAACCCCUACCUCGAGGACAGCGUGGAGCGUGUGGGUCGUGCCCCAAUUCGUAAAGUGUCCCGUAAGGAGCGCUUCAUCGGCCCGGCUUCCCAGCUGGCCGAGCGUGGCGGAAAGUUCCAGUCACUGAUGGGCUCCUUGGAAAUGGCUCUGCGGUUCCAAAAUGUGGAAGGUGACGAGGAGAGUGAGGAGCUGGCCAAGGUCCUCAAGGAGAAUUCGCCUGCCGAUGCUGCUGCCCAAUUAACCGGCUUGGAGCGGGAUCACCCUCUCUUCCCCCAUGUGGUCAAGGUCGUGGACGUCGUACAAUCCGACACAAAGUAG